GAUUUCAGAGUUAAAGACCCGUCCGUGUGCAGUCACGUCACAGACUGCCGAAUAAUUGUAACAUACCGAGACGGAGCACGUUUUGUCCGUCGACCGCCUGUUCUGCUGGUCCGCGGAGCAAGGGACCACAGCAGACCACAAGAGGUCUUCCGUUACGUGGAGAGCCAGUCCUGCGGGUGGCUCCACCCCACGCAGGUCUACAGGCAGCCCUCCCGAAUCCUCCGCUUCCAGCCAAGGCGCAACGAGGACGAGGCCUUCUGGCGUCGAGUCGACUACCUGCUGGCAUUCAACGCAACCCGCUGACGGAUAAGCGCGACCUGCAUCCGUCGGCGCCGCGCACGGCUGCUCGAUCUCAAGACCCAGCGCGACACUGACCUCCUGCACCAGCGCGACCGUGGGCGCAGCGUCAAGAAGUCCGGCGGCGUCAAGCGCCGCUACCGAGGCGUCAAGCAGCAUCGCUAGCCGCCAAGCGGCGCACCCAAGCCCAACAGGCUGUUAGUGCUCAGGCAAAGCCUAACGUAGGGUGCAGUCUGAGGCGUGAGAUCCAGGCGGCUGUUGAGGAGUGUUGCUUCGGCGGGUAGUGCCAGCACGGCCAAGCGCGGUCAAAGACCGCUAGCCAGACCUAGCUGCCAUACCAAGUCAACAUGCAUUACGACUGUUACAUUGAGCCGCCGACACCUGUGUGAGCGCUGCGGUCACUGCUGUCUCGAGCGUGCGCCGUCAAGACUUCACAACGGCGCGCGCAAGCUGUAAGAUCUGGCGAGUCGCGAGCUCAGGGGUUUGCUCGACUCAGCGGCUGAGCGAUAUGUCGUCUACUAUGCCAGCCUCGGCGACGACUCAUCACCGAAGCUGGGGGGGGGAUGCAACAACGACGACUCCAGCACCGCUGCGGAUUCGACCGCCAGCACCGGCACCAGCUCAGCACCCACGUGCUGCGACACUGGCGAGCUCAAAGCUGGCGGCGCCGACGCAAGUCCCAGCGAGUGCAAGCCCGCCUGGGCAGGCAGCGCGUAAUAUUGUGCCUGCACAGGCGGCACCGUCUCGGGUCAAGCAGCCGACCCAGCCAGGCAGUGGCGGCAAAGCCGCAACCAAGGACGACGAGGCAGCGCCCACGGGCACCAGCGACAGUCCCGCCACCACCACGACCGACCCUGCCGCGACGCACGACGGCAGCGUGAAGGCACAAUAUUACGCGCUGCCUGCCCAGGCGGGCUUGCACUCGCUGGGACUUGCGUCGGCGCCGCCAGCUUUGAGCUCGCCAGUGUCGCAGCACGUGGGUGCUGAGCUGGUGCCGGUGCUGGCGGUCGAAUCCGCAGCGGUGCUGGAGUCGUCGUUGUUGCAUUACAACUAGCGGGGCACGUGCGGGUUGCAUCAGCCCAUGGGAAGACGUGACAGCCCAGCGCUGUGUCGACACGCAGACAGCCACUACAACCUCGGAAGUGCUGACUACCUCAACACGCCUCGAACAACGGCACCUUCAACACACAUGCCACCUUACCCUGCCACCUUACGCAGAGGCAGAGGCAGCAGAGAUAGGUGCAUCCUUGCCCCACCCCAACUUAUCAGCGCAAAACUGGAAGAAGCUGACCAGCGCGCUCGCCACGUGCGUCAAGCCGAACUGCAAUAUGGUAGACGCCAAGUCCACCACUUUGAAGCCGAAAGCAGUGCUGGAGAUCGGCGUCUGGCUGUUCGUGGUAAAGGUCAUCUACGCACCCGCAAAGCCCGACACGCUGAUCGUGGCCGGCGUAUGUCUGGCUGUUCGUGGUAAAGGUCAUCUACGC